AGUGCUCAAUCCAUGCCACCUGCCAGUACCCAUCAGUGCUACCUAUCAAAGCCAGUCAGUGCCACCUAUCAGAGCUGCCAAUCAGUGCCACCUAUCAGUGCCAGUCAGUGCCGCCUAUCAGUGUGCAUCAGAGCCGCCUAACAGUGCCAGUCAGUGCCACCUAACAGUGCCAGUCAGUGGCGCCUAUCAGUGCCAGUCAGUGCCGCCACUCAGUGCCGCCUAUCAGUGCCAUAUAUGAGUGCUGCUUUCAGUGCCCAUCAGUGAUG